UCUGAUGAAUCUGGAAGUCUCUUGACAAAGAAUAUAGGACCAAUAUGAAGGUGGAGUUUGCACCCAUCAAUAUUCCCCUGACCCGGAGGCUGCAGACGGCUGCUGCGUUUCAGUGGGUCUUUUCCUUUUUGUUACUAGCACAAUGCUGUGUGGGAAUAUUCCUCUUGUUGGUCCUCUGCAGAUUCUGGCUGGUCACAGCUCUAUAUGUCCUCUGGCUCUAUUUGGACUGGGAAACCCCACAAACUGGAGGCCGCAGAUCUGAGUGGGUGCGGAGCUGGACAAUGUGGAAGUACUUCAAGGAUUAUUUUCCCAUUAAACUCAUCAAGACAGCCGAUUUAGAUCCUCAGUACAAUUACCUUUUAGGAUUUCACCCUCACGGAGUCCUAGUCGCUGGAGCUUUUGGAAAUUUCUGCACAAACUACACCGGGUUUAAGGAGCUUUUCCCUGGCCUGACCUCAUACAUGCACAUGCUUCCCUUCUGGUUCCGCUGUCCUUUCUUUCGAGAGUACAUCAUGAGUGUGGGUUUAGUGUCGGCUUCUAAGAAGAGUGUGACCCAUGUACUGAGCAGACCGCAGGGUGGAAAUGCUGCAAUCGUAGUGAUUGGGGGAGCUGAGGAGUCAUUGGAUGCUCAUCCUGGAAAUCUAACACUCCAUAUCCUGAAGAGGAAAGGAUUCAUCAAAGUGGCAUUGAAGAGAGGAGCCCAUUUGGUGCCAGUGUUCUCUUUUGGUGAGAAUGAACUGUUCCUUCAAGUGUCCAAUCCUAAAGGGUCUGUGCUGCGGACUGCACAAGAGAGGAUGCAAAAGAUAUUGGGCUUUGCCCUUCCCCUAUUUCAUGCCCGCGGCAUCUUCCAGUAUAGCUUUGGACUAAUGCCGUAUAGAAUGCCCAUCCAUACUGUUGUAGGCAAGCCUAUCCCGGUGAAACAAACCUCAAACCCCACUCAGGAAGAAAUUGAUGAGCUUCAUCAGCAAUAUCUUAAGGCCCUCCAGGAACUGUUUGAAGAGAACAAGGGGAAGUAUGGCAUCCCUGAACAUAAAUCUCUGAUCUUUACAUGACCUUCACAUAGGCGGCUCCUUUCCUAGGACUGGAACCAGAAUGGUAUACAUGAUCCAUCGGACCUAUUAUCCACACAAUAUCUGUAAACCAUUGUUUUCACACAGAGUAAUACUUUAUAUCUGCACAUUUAUAUCUCAAGGGAACUAUGAAGACACUCUAGUGUUCACAAAGAACCAGUAUCCCAUAUGUCAUUUAUCUUCUGCAUCAGAAAUGGAAAUGCCUUAUUGACUUGUUGGCUGAAUGAGUAUAAUGGAGUUUCUAUUACUAGAUUUGUCAGCGUAUGGUACUGUUA